GACCGUCCUAGCCCGACAUCCGGACCGCCCGCCCUAUUACGGCUACUUCACCUCAGCGAGGAUUAACUGAAUGCUAUUGUCUUUGCCGCCUCUGUUGUUUUGCAGGAACACAGAAAAAUGCCACAGAAACAUCAAAUUCACAAACUUUAUCAAAUAUUUUCCUCUCCAAAAACUCUCAAAUCGAAUCCCUCCUUAUCCAAAUCCCUACCUAUACCUCUCACUACUCCUCACUCGGCCGAUUCACCAGACUCACCCGAGUCACCCGAUCUCCCAACUUGGCUCCAUAGCAACAAAAAGCCAGAAUUCCCAGAUGGGGAUUUUGUCAUUCCUUCACUCGCUGACUGGGUUGAGCAUCACAACCUUGGGGACAUCAAAGAAGUUGGCAAUCACUUGCUGUUUCAUGCACAAGUUAGUGACAUUGAUAGAGUGAGCGAAAUAUUAAAAAAACACUACCCAUGUACGGAUAGUGUUGUUCAGGCGUUAAAUGAUUGUGGUGUUAAUCCAACAAAUAAUUUGAUUUCACAGCUUUUGAAUAGGUUUUGCAAUGACUGGGUUCCGGCAUUGGGACUUUUCACCUGGGCAAAACACCAAACAGGUUAUGUGCAUCCACCAGAUUUAUAUGAUUUGAUGGUUGAUAUAUUAGGGAGGCGAAAGAAGUUUAGUUUUAUGUGGGAAUUAGUUAAGGAGAUGGAGAAUUUAGAAGGGUAUGUUUCAUUGGUUACUAUGAAAAAGGUUAUGAGACGGCUUGCUAGAGCUGGCAAUUUCCAAGAUGCUGUCGAGGCAUUUAGAGGAAUUGAAAAACUUGGUGUACGUAAGGACAUAGAGGCAUUAAAUGUACUAAUGGAUGCAUUGGUUAAAGAGGGAAGUGUUGAGCAUGCUUAUUCUGCUUUUAUGGAGUUUAAGGAUUCUAUACACGUCGAUUUUCAGAGUUUUAAUAUUUUAUUACAUGGAUAUUGUAAAGCAAGGAAGUUGGAUGAUGCAAGAAAGAUUAUGGAUGAAAUGGAUAAACAAGGGUUUCAGCCUAAUGUGGUUUCAUACACUUGUUUCAUCGAAUUGUACUGUAAAUUGAAAGAUUUUCGAAAUGUGGAGGCAAUUUUUAGUGAGAUGCAAGAAAAGAGUUGCAAGCCUAAUGUGAUUACUUAUACUAUUUUUAUGCAUGCUUUAGGGAAAGCAAAGCAAGUAAAUAAAGCCUUGGAGGUUUAUGAGAUGAUGAAAAGCAAUUGUUGUGUGCCUGAUGCUUCAUUUUAUAGUUCUUUGAUUUUUGUCUUAACUCAAUCUGGAAGGCUUAAGGAUGCCUGGGAUGUUUUCGAGGACAUGAAAAAGCAAGGAGUUAGUCCAGAUCUGCUGACCUAUAAUACCAUGAUUACUUCUGCUUGUACUCAUUUGGAAGAGGAGAAUGCGCUGAAGUUGCUUAGAAGAAUGGAGGAGGAUUCGUGCAAACCAGAUAUACAGACAUAUGCUCCUUUAUUGAAGAUGUGCUGUAGGAAGAAGAGAAUUAAGGUGCUCAAGUUUCUGUUGAAUCACAUGUUUAAGAACAAUAUCAGUAUUGAUCUUGGUACAUAUGUUCUUUUGGUGGGUGGACUUUGUAAGAGUGGAAAGCUUGAACUUGCUUGCUCAUUCUUUGAAGAAAUGGUAAUGAAAGGGUUGAUUCCUAGAGAUCGCACUUACAAGAUGUUGGUGGAGGAACUUGAGCAAAAUAAUUUGACAGAAGCUAAGGAAAAGAUUCAGAAGCUGAUGUUCCAGACGGAAGAUCAAACAGCAAUAUAGUUUAGGCUCAAAAGGACGAGUAAUGAGAUUUAAUAUGAAUGUAUGUAGCAUCAACAAAGUUUUGCCUCUUCUUGACCACGGGUCUUUCUGUGUUUUUCAUUCUUCCCUCCAUCAAACCUAUCACUUUUAAACGGAAUACUCUUUAUCAUAUUUAUGCUUUUUUAUUGUCUGAGAUGUGAUUAUUCUGAAUGCUCUUCAAUCUUGGAUUUAUUCA